CCCACAAAUGCAUGAUCCUUACAAGUGUGACAUCAUUGUGAAGACUCGGGUUACGCUCGUCCGUCAGAUGGCGUUCUGCCUGGCUGAGCUGCACUUGUGGUCCACCAAGAGCUCACUCCAAGUCAAAGAUACAGAUAUUGGCACCUAUCAGUACUACGAUAAAGGAGAGCCAGCCAGUCCUCUGGAGCAUCACUACUACAACGAGAAACUCCAUUUCUGUGAAGCUCGAGGCUAUUCGUGGACCCCCAGGAACCGCCGACCGGAGAAGCUACGUGAUUCGCUGAAGGAGUUGGAGGAACUGUUGCAGACCAACACCUGCGUUCACAGCAGAUGGAGGAACAAGCAAUGCUGCCAGGUGUUGCUGAGCAGCAGAGUCCUGGUGACUUUCACCCUGAAUGGACCUCAACUCCAACAAGUCUAUGUUGACCGAACGUUAGUGGGUCGACUACCAGGCAACACCGUGGCUGAUGCAUCCUUAAGCGACAGGCUGAUCCUGCUGUCCUUCCUGGAGCAGAGCCAGGUGGCUGCAGUCAACCUCAACCAGAGGAACCAGGACUCCCCAGAGACCGGCAGGAGGACCGACAAACUCUCACUCUCUGAGAUCAAGGUGGUGUGUGUGGAGGUGAGGGGCGUGGUCCGUAGGCUCCGCAGACGUGUGUGUCUCAACCGUCUCCAGGACGUGGCGCUCUGCUGGUGGGACUCUGAGGAGCCCGGUGAGGAGCUGUGGCCCUGGACCCCCACCAACACUCACAGGAACAACCUGGUCCUGAUCAGCUGCUCACCUGCUGAAGGCCUCAAGGUCCUCGGCUCUCUCCAGACUGAAGCCAACCCGCUGGACUGCCGCUUCAGCGUGCUCCAGCCCUACCAGCUGCUAACAGUAGAGCUCCCCGCAGGACCCCGCGGACUCAGGGAGGGGUCCUGGGCCGACACCUGCGUGUACGAAUGUGCACGAGGACGCCUCCACCGCCUGUCCGUCACCCGCAUCCCGCUGCCGUCCCACCCCGUCUCCUGCUCGCGUCACCCCUCUGAGACCACGCUCCUCCUGGGCCUCGGCGACUCCUCGGUGGUUCUGUACGACCAGCGCCGGGGCGUCUCUCUCCUGGCCUCCUGCCCCGUGACGCCCACCCUCCUGGCCUGGCACCCUGCUGGGGCCGUGGUGGUCGUAGGGGGGGAGCAGGGGGAGCUGAUGUGCUUCGAUGUGGGCUUGGCUCCCGUUAACAUGGCGCUGGUAGCAGAGGAGGUCGCUCCAGCUGCCACGCUGAGACUAGAUCAGCACCUGCGCUGCUCUGGAGGUCUGGAGGGACUGCAGUGGGCGGCGGGCCCGGACGGAGAUGUGCUGAUGUUGACCUUUCAUGGAGGACCACUAGCAGCCCUGAGAUUCAGACUAGGAGCUCUGACCGGAGGCCAGAUGGGUCCCGGGGAGCUGCUGCAGCAGCGGCUGCGUUGUGGACAGGUCCGAGAGGCGCUGGGCGUCCUGGAGGCCAUGGACUGGAGCAUCACGGGAGACGAGUGCUACCGAGGCCUGAGCUCAGUCACCGACCACCUGCUGAGGCUGGAGCUGAACGCAGAGAGAGAGGCCCAACUAGAAGCAGCUCUGGGUGUGUUUUAUGCUCCAGCUGCUCCUCUCUCUGACGUUGUCAUACUGGAGUACAGAGAGCCAAUCAGCAAGUGUGCCCGCCGCUUCUUUCACCACCUCCUCAGACACCAGCGCCUGGAGAAGGCCUUCCUCCUCGCCGUAGAUCUAGAAGACAGAGAUUUAUUCAUGGACCUCCAUUAUGUUGCCGGCGAUAAGGGCGAGGUGGUGCUCGCGGAUGUGGCCAAGAGGAAAGCUAAUGAAAUGGAGGCCCAGACCGUCGCAGGCGGCAACGAUCCUCCGAGAGGCAGGAACGGUGUGUUGUCGAGUGGUUCGAUCCUCGGGAGCCGACGGACGGAGAGGAACCAGAAUGCAACAGGACCUCCGUACUCAGACACUCCCACAACACAAGCUGAUGGAAGAGCCAAUCAGAGGAGACCUCAGGCGGAGAUACGUGUGACCGUCAGCCCAGAUGUGUUCAGGACACCGAGACAAACAGGUCUGUCUGUCCACGGAGACGGAGACGGAAGGAAUGACGAUGAAGACCUCGGGAUGCUUCAUGUGGUCCAUCUAGGAAUCGUCUGAAGAAACGAACUACGAUACGAUAAGAGCCACAACGACAUCUCACCAAUAACAGCCUCUCUUCGUCUAUAUGUUUAUGUAUUAUAUAAUAUAGAAGGACUCAGAUGCUUAUCACUGUACUGAACUGUAGUAUCUGAUAAAAGAGGAAUAAUACAUUAGUAUUAGAUGUAAAUACAUUAGUUUUGUACGACCACUUUUGUUAGUAAGUUGUACAUUUUAAGUGUUUAUAGUUUAUCUGAUAAAUUUGGAUGUGAAUUCAGAUUAUUUUCCGUUUUAGUGACGUCUAAACCAAAUGAACCUUAAAAGAAAACAGUUUUCUGCCGUUAAAAACAGAAAAUGUUUUAAACCGUUCCAUUAAUCAGCCUGUAAAAAUAAAGACUUGUAUUAUACUUCCAUCACCGCUGA